AUCAUCUCAGUAACAAUUUCCAGUGUUUAUUUUAUUCUCAAUCUUCCAAUGCAAGAAGAAGAAGGGUGGCGUUUCACGCGCUUGAAGCUGCGCACGGUGGUUUUCAUGGCGGUGCUCUCUUUGUUUUCGGUGGCCACAAAAGAGAGCCUCUCUCUGUCUCUGAACACCCAAGGUUUGGCUCUGCUUAGGUUCAGAGACAGAGUCGUAAGUGACCCAUUUGGAGCUUUAUCGAAUUGGAGUGCUAAAGAUGGAUUCAUUGAUCCAUGUUCGUGGUUCGGAGUGGAGUGUUCAGAGGGAAAAAUCGUUAUAUUGAAUCUAAAAGACCUGUGUCUCCAAGGAACAAUAGCCCCUGAAAUUGCAAAGCUGACUCACAUCAAAUUCAUAAUUCUGCGCAACAAUUCUUUCUUUGGAGAAAUACCUAAUGAGAUUACACAAUUAGAGAAACUGGAAGUGCUGGACUUGGGACACAACAACUUCAGUGGUUCAUUUCCAUUUGAAACCAAUCCUUCCUUGACUAGCCUUUUCUUGGACCACAAUGAUUAUCUGGCUAACUUUAGUCCAGAAAUAUCUGAGCUCAAGAUGAUUUCGGAAUCUCAUGUAAAUGAAGAUCCGUCAAAAGCAGCAUGUGUAAGCAGAUCUAGUCUGAGGUACAAGAGGAAACUUCUUCAAAUAUCAAGUCCUCCCACUUCAUUACCACCAGAUUCUCAAGUUUUCUCACCAUCUGAACCUCCCUCAAAUUCUCCAUCUGCAUCAGCUCCCAUAUCAUUUCCACCAUCAUCAUCUCCCUCCAUUUUUCUUCCUCCCUCCCCCUCACCUGCACCUUCAUCUUCAUCUUCACCUUCACCUUCACCUUCACCUUCACCUUCGCCUGAAACUUCUUCCCCUAUGAUAGCACCAACUCCAGAAAUAUCACCAGCAAAUCCACCUUCUGUUGUAUCCCUUCCACCAAAUUCCCAUGGGGUUUCAGCUCCUUCUCCUGCUUCAUUUUCAAACCAAGGGAGUUCUAAGCCAAACCAUCGCUCUCUGAUAAUUUGGUCUACAAUUGGUGUUUUCUCCUUUUUGGUUUUGGUGUCAGCAAUUGCUUUUGCUUGCUUUAGUAAUGCCAAGGUUGUAACUGUAAAACCUUGGCCCAUAAGUUUGAGUGGGCAGCUGCAGAAAGCUUUUGUUACAGGUGUGCCAAGUCUCAGACGAGCAGAGCUUGAAGCAGCAUGUGAGGACUUCAGCAACAUUAUUGGAACUCUUCCUGAGGGUACUAUUUAUAAGGGAACUCUCUCCAGUGGAGUUGAGAUAGCUGUAGUAUCCACUGCAAUAAUCUCACCUCAAAGCUGGUCAAAACAUAUGGAAGCCCAAUUUAGAAGGAAGUUAGAAACAUUAUCCAGAGUGAACCACAAGAACUUUGUCAACCUAAUAGGGUUCUGUGAGGAGAAGCAGCCGUUCACAAGAAUGAUGGUUUUUGAAUAUGCUCCAAAUGGAACUCUGUAUGAACAUCUACAUGUUAGAGAAGCAGAGCAACUUGACUGGGGAAUGAGAGUGAGGAUAGCGAUGGGAAUAGCUUACUGCCUUGAAUAUAUGCAUCAGCUAACACCACCUAUUGCUCACACAAACCUACAAUCUUCAUCUAUAUGCCUAACUGAAGAUUAUGCUGCAAAAAUAUCAGAUCUUAGUUUUUGGAAUGACAUUGUUACUUCCAUUAAAAGGGGUUCUUCUGCAGCCACACGGCUCUUGGAAACACCAUUAGCAUAUACAAAGGGAAAUGUUUAUAGCUUUGGGUUAGUACUGUUUGAACUGAUAACAGGUAAGAUUGCCUACACUGAGGACAACAGAAUUCUUACAGAUUGGGCAGCUGAAUAUCUAAGAUGGGGAAAGAAGCCCUUUAUUGAUGUGUUGGCUCCCACUCUAAGCAGUUUGAAAGAAGAAGAGAUUGAAAAGUGGUUCCAAGUGAUGAAAGAAUGUUUGCAUUCAGACCCAGAGAAAAGACCGACUAUGAGAGAAGUUACUGCUGCAUUGAAGGAGAUUACAGCAAUGGAGCCGGAUGAAGCUACACCAAAAUCAUCUCCUCUUUGGUGGGCAGAGCUAGAAAUUAUGUCAGAAAACUUGAGUUGAAAAUUAGAACCCCUAAAUUGAGCAUUUUCUAAAGCCAUUUUUUCUCCAUUCAUCUUAAGUUUGUUUCAGAUUCUUCAAUGGACGUUAACAAGACUAAUGAGGGCCGAAGAGACUGCUUAUCCUUGUGUGGAAUUGACUUUGUAAAUACUUGAGAUUUGUUGUGUAUUUGUUUAUUAACCUGUUCUUUAUCA